CAAUAUUAUAUCUGAGGAGGAACAAGAGAAAAAUUCGUCACAGAAGAAAGAUCUGGAAAAUUGCCAGGUUAUCAUGACUUAGAUUGGCAUCUAGUUUUGCCUUUCAUGUUCAUAUUGGCCAAUAAAGAGAGUUAUAAAAUAGUUGGCUACUUAUCAGUCUGUGCUAGCCUAUCAUCUAGUUCCGUUUCUUUCCAACACCUGCUACAAGAGUUAGAAAAUCCUCAAUGGGAAAAGCACAGGAGCUGAGCAUUGUUCUGCUACUCUGUAUGCAAACUGCUUUAGCUCUCAUGUGUAGAGAAUGUAAAUCCUAUUCACAUCAGAAAUGUAUACACAAAAUGAGAACAUGCACCGCCAAAGAUGGUGAAUCUUGUCUGACUGUUAGAUUGUGGAUUUCACCUUACAAUGUACAUACACCAAAUGAUGCAUACUCUAGAUGCCAGAAAAACUGUACAACAGAUGAUUAUUACUAUGAUGAUUAUACAAUAUUGAUAAAAUGUUGUAAGAAAUUUGACUUUUGCAAUGAUAUUGCUGUGCCAAGUGAUGGAUGGUCCUGAAGAGCCUUCAGAUUAUCUUAUGGCUUCUUCCAGUCUUCCUCAUCUUAUUUUUUCAAAUAAAUUCAAAUAAAUGAUAUUUCUACCCUGC